AUGGAAUCACUUGAUAUCUGGACAUUUGGGGAUCAAUAUCGAGCUACUGUUAAAGCACAAAGUUCAAAUGAUCGAUCUUUUCUAACCGGCAUGGCACUUUGUUUAAAUUCUCAGUUACAAAUUACAGAAGGUGCAAAAAAAUUAUCUCCUGUUCCUAUACUAUUAAUGUCAAAUAGUGAAGGAAUAUUACAAACAUAUUACUUUUUAAAUCAAAUGCCAUCUAUUUGUAAAAUACCCGAAUCAUUUCCUAUUAUUAACAAAAAUACUGAUCAAAAUCGACAACAAACUUUUUCAACGUUAACAUCAAUAGCACCACCAUUUCAAACAUUAUCAUCAUUCAUGGAAAAUAGUAAGUAG